AUGCAACGACUGUACAUGCAACAGACUGUUAGACGUCAUCAGUCGUUGUGCAGAUUAGUGUUUGGCACUUUUCCACACUCACAUACUGCUAUUCAGUUACAAGCUGCUAGUGCUUUUAGCGUUACUGCUGCAUUUAGACAAUUCUCGCUUGCACAGACUGGACCAUCUACAGCUCCAUUGACUCCCUUGAUGAGAGCCUCUGUUUUUCCUUCUGCAUGGACUGAAAGUCCAGUAGAGCAUUGCAUUGACUCGGGAGUACCACAAAGCGAAAGCUUUGAAAGCAGCCCAAGAUCAGCUAUGCAGGCAUCAGCUACUCCAGCGCAAGUGAGUGACGCUAGCAAUGCUGGAUGCACUGGUGUCACUCAAUCCAUUACAAGUCCAUUUCCAGAUCAUUGA